CGCCGGCCGGCGGCAGGGGGCGGAGCGCGAUUUGAUUGGUUCCCCGGUCCUCCCUCGCGCCGCCCCACCUUGAUGGUCACGUGACUCGGCGGCGGCUCCCGGCGCGCCGGUGGACGCUGGAAGCCAAGAUGGCGGCGGAGCUGGUGGAAGCGAAAAACAUGGUGAUGAGUUUCAGAGUCUCAGAUCUUCAGAUGUUACUGGGUUUUGUUGGCCGGAGUAAGAGUGGACUUAAACACGAGCUGGUCACUAGAGCGUUGCAGCUGGUCCAGUUUGAUUGUAGCCCUGAAGUUUUCAAGAAAAUUAAAGAGCUCUAUGAGACUCGCUAUGCCAAGAAGAGCUCUGAACCGGGACAGCCACAGCAGCACCGACCUCCAGAGACACUCUCCAUACAUUCUUCCUAUGACCGUGGGAGCACUGUUGCUAGGACUUCUCUUUCCACGCCUAACAUUGACUAUCCUGCACUCUAUGGGAAAUACCUUAACGGACUGGGGAGGUUACCACCCAAAGUUGUAAAGCCUGAAGUUCGGCUGGUGAAACUUCCCUUCUAUACCACCUUGGAUGAACUGCUGAAGCCAACAGAGCUAGUCCCACAGAAUAACGAGAAGCUUCAGGAGAGUCCGUGCAUUUUUGCACUGACGUCAAGACAAGUGGAGCUGAUCAGAAAUUCCAGGGAGUUGCAAGCCGGUGUGAAAUCUGUUCAGGUUGUGCUAAGAAUCUGCUACACGGACACUAGUUCCCCGCAGGAGGAUCAGUACCCUCCAAACAUCGCAGUAAAAGUGAAUCAUAGUUACUGCUCAGUGCCGGGCUACUACCCAUCUAACAAGCCUGGAGUGGAGCCUAAAAGGCCCUGUCGUCCUAUUAACCUCACGCAUCUCAUGUACCUGUCUGCAGCGACCAAUCGAAUCACGGUUACGUGGGGGAAUUAUGGAAAGAGUUAUUCAGUGGGUCUAUACCUAGUGCGGCAAAUGACCUCAGCGGAAUUGCUGCAGAGGUUGAAAACCAUUGGAAUCAAACAUCCAGAGCUCUGCAAGGCACUCGUAAAAGAGAAAUUACGUUUGGAUCCAGACAGUGAAAUUGCUACUACAGGUGUUCGAGUCUCGCUCAUCUGCCCGCUGGUGAAGAUGCGUCUGUCUGUCCCAUGCCGGGCUGAGACCUGUGCACACCUACAGUGCUUCGAUGCAGUCUUCUACCUCCAGAUGAAUGAGAAGAAGCCCACUUGGAUGUGUCCUGUGUGUGACAAACCAGCACCCUAUGACCAGCUAAUAAUUGAUGGGCUGCUAUCAAAAAUAUUGACUGAAUGCGAGGAUGCAGAUGAAAUCGAAUACCUGGUGGAUGGAUCCUGGUGUCCAAUCAAAGCUGAGAAAGAGAGAAGCUGCAGCCCUCAGUGUCCAAUAUUGGUACUAGGUUCUUCUGAUGUCAACGGGCUGUUGCCCACUCCCAAUGGUAAUGGAGAGAACGGCAAGGUCACCGCUGACGUUGUGGAUUUAACACUGGACAGUUCAUCAUCCGAGGAAGAGGAGGAGGAAGACGACGAAGACGACGACGACGAUGAUGGACCCCAACCGAAACGACGCUGCUCUUACGAGAAAGGUUUAGUUUCUGCCUGCUGACUGUGGAAGUAGCUCUGAAUCUCAGAAUGGACAGACUUGAAUACUCUGGUGCUUACUAAACUGGAGGGGAGGGGAAUUUCUCCUUCGCCUCACUUCCCUUCCUCCCUGGUCUCCUUUUGACGUUCCUAUUCGAAGUUAACCAUUAAAACGAAAAAUAAAACCAUUGAGCUGCUUCUUGGUUGGAAAACUGCCCCACUAAACAGCCUGACCCGAGCUCUGCCAGCUCAACCUGACCCGGAGUCCGAAGUAAGAAAAGUGUCUUAAGCCAGGCAGCCAGGAUCCAGAGCUAACUGACCUCGGGUGCCAUUCAGCAUUAGUGUGAAUCGCUGGAGUUCCCCUGAAAACCUACAGGAUGGCUAACUCCAGUGCAUCUCCAAAGCUGUGUGCAUUUUUAUUGUCUUGUUAAAUAACCAUUCCUGAUUAUCUAAAGUUUUG